AAAGAUGCUCAUCCACCAAAAAGUAGGCCACCUCAAUUGGUCUCAAUUAUCCGGACGACCACUCUCCUAAUUCUGCCCACCUACUAAAGAAACGUUCUUCCUAGUCCUAUAAAAUCGAUCGUAUACGAUGAGACGGACGUUCCAACUUCUAGCCGCCGUCAAACCGGCGGCGCGCUACCUCGAAUCCGGUACCCCGACAGGUCUAACAGGUCUAUUAACACACAAUUCCCCGCGAUCGACGUUACUAUACCUAUACUCAUCCACACUCGAGAAGCUAAAGCCAUUCCCUGAAUCGUCGCUGUACCGACAAUCAAUCGAGGCGGUAACAAAACACCGCAUGUCCAUCGUCGAAGCUGCUGAACCCCCGGGAUAUAAGGAAUGGGCUGCGCAAGCGAAGGAGAUUGUCGAGAAGAACCCGCAGAAAUUCCGAGCUACGACGUCCGCCCUUGCUGAUCAUCCCGCUAAGCGCGCUACUGUGCUCCAACUUGAGAGAAAUGGACAUUUGUUCAUCCACCGUCAUAACCCGAGGUUGAAUGAUGAACGGUUUGAGGAGUGGGAUGGCGAGCGGGAUGAGGGUCCUGGUACUCAGGGAUUGAAGGGAGAGAAGGAGCGUGUGGUGGAGUUCGAGCGGUUCCUCGAGAGAGAAGAGCUUAAUGACCCGCGUGAGACCGUUAAGUUGGAGGCUGAGCCGCAGUUGACUGCUGAACAAAUUGAGGAGAUUGAGAAUAAAAUCGGACAUGGCUUAAUCGAAGAGGUAGUACGGACGGCUGAGAAUGAAUUGCAACUCGUCGAUAUCAUGUACGAGAGCAAGGUAUGGGAAGACUUAGAAGAGAAGCCGGCUGAGGGCCAAUGGACCUAUUUCGAGCGCCACUCACAAUAGAUCAACUCAUAAUAAUCAGUCGCAAAUUCGGUCAUUAGAUUCCAUAAAUCUGCCUAUAUAGGCAUUAUAAGCAGAUGUACAAUAGAAAAAGGGCGUUGUACAUACGAAUCAUGGUUCACGUUAUAAAUGUUCCUAAUUCCGCUGCUACAUUCCAUUACUACCUAGGUAUCUAUAGGGCCCUACCCGGGGGUCUGAUCCGGAGGGGUCCCAAUAAAAACUUCCAAUCCAAGCGGGAGAAUUGCAGUCAACCUGAUUGAACUAAAAUGGACUACGAAUUUAUUCGAGCUGUGUUGAACUCUUGUCCAUGCCUACUAUAGAGCUGAAUAUCAAAUUCUAUAGCCCUAGGGUCCGUUUAGUUGUCAUUCCCAAAGUGAAGCCUUACCCGCGGCUCUCAAUUGCUUUCAAUAAAGCCUUUGUGACACUGCCGUGGAGAAGCGACCAGAGUAUCUUCAACCAAUGCUAUUCUCUUCACGCUCACUCCGACUAAAGCAC